UUAUCGACUCCCGCUGUUCUCAGUCUACUGUCUAGUCAGUGAUCCAGAGCCACCCGUCCCUAGCCAAACAUGUUUCUCGCGCUGCUCGUCCUGGUCACGGGCCUUGUGUACUACGUCUACUCGUAUCUCACUGGGAAACCUCAUCCUAAAUUUCCUCCUGGACCGUACCGCUGGCCGAUAUGGGGUGGGUAUCUGCAGUUGCUGGUGGAGAAUUACAGGUUCCCGUACAAAGCCAUACACUGGAUGGCUCGCCGCUACAACACCGAGAUCUUGGGCAUAUACUUCGGGCCGACUCCCACAGUGAUAGCCUGCACACAGGCCAGUGCCCGGGAGAUGCUCAGCCACCCCGCCUUCCAGGGCAGAGCAGAGGCCUUCAUUCCCUCGUGCAGGGACAAGGACGGGGUCAUCAGAGGUCAGUUCUUCAUUGACGGUCACCGGUGGACCGAGCAGAGAAGAUUUAUGUUGAGGAACUUGAGAGACUUUGGGUUCGGCACCAGAAGUAAAACUUUCGAGAAAAUCAUUGAAGAGGAGUUGAGGGAUUUCAUUGACUUGGUCCAGUCCAGACAUGUAGAGGGAGUUUGUGAGGAAGGGAAAGUGAUGGUGCCGCCAGCAUUCUACGCCUACUUCCUGAACCUGUCCCUGCACAUCUUCCUGGGGACUCGCAUGCCGCCCGCUCAGCACCACAAGCUGCGGGAGUUCGCCUACACGGCUUACAAGUUCUUGUUGGCGAUAGACCCCACGACCGGAGCUAUCAACAUGACGCCGUGGAUCCGACACCUGGUCCCGGAGCUGUCCGGCUUCAACGACUGUAUGAGGAGCAGUGAUUUCAUUAAACAAUUCAUCAAGGCUUUGAUUGAGGAACACAAAGACACGUUCAUUCCGGAUGCGCUCAGAGACUUUUGUGAUGUUUACCUCAAAGAAAUGAAAGACAAAGAGAACACGGACUUCCAACACUGGUUCUCAGAUGAGCAGUUGGUGAUGACAUUCUGGGACACCCUGUUCCCCUCGUCCAUGACGCAGACGGCCACCAUGGGCUUUGCGGUGGAGUUCCUCCUACUGUAUCCGGAGGUGCAGGCUAAAGUCCACGAGGAGAUCGAUAGAGUGGUCGGUCACUCCAGGCUGCCCAACCUUGACGACAGAAAGAAUAUGCCGUACACGGAGGCUGUGCUGCGAGAGGUGAUGAGACGCGAGACACUCGCUCCACUAACUCUUCCCCACCGCUGCCUCGAGGAUACUUACUUCCACGGCUACUUCAUACCUAAGGACGCCACGGUCUUGGCCAGUCUCUACAGUUGCAACAUGGAUGAAAGUGUUUGGGAAAAUCCUUUUGAGUUCAAGCCCGAAAGACACCUGGACGAAAAUGGGAAUAUAAAGAAAAAGGACUAUUCUUUACAGUUUGGAUUAGGCAAACACGUAUGUUCAGGAGAGACGUACGCCAGACAGAACAUGUUCCUGCUGUUCUCCACGAUGCUGCAGAACUUCUCUCUGGAGCUGCCGCCUGGCCAGGCUCUGCCCGACCUGGAGAUGCAAAGCUCUAGUUAAAGUUUACUAACAACCUGUCUCACCAUGUUUGGUGUGUUGCAGGCAAACACGUAUGUUCAGGAGAGACGUACGCCAGACAGAACAUGUUCCUGCUGUUCUCCACGAUGCUGCAGAACUUCUCUCUGGAGCUGCCGCCUGGCCAGCCUCUGCCCGACCUGGAG